AUGCAAAAUGUAGUUCAAGCGAAAGAUAACACCACAAUACAUUUUAUAAAGUUGUUGAUUGUGAAUGAACAAAAACCUACUCAUUUGAUUUACGGUGGACUAUGUUGGAGGAAAAACGUAAUAAACAAACUCGUUAAAGAAAUGUCGCAGAUAGGAGUAAGAACAUCAGCAUCUUUUGCUCCUAAACCAAAGUACCAAGAUCAUCAGAUUCUGUACCUCACGGAUGUCAGCUGUCCUGCGUCGAAUAAGGUGCUAUCUUAUGCAUCAUCGAACGAGCUUUUCCAAUUCACCUACCGCUGGCUUAUCUUGACUUAUACGAAGGAACAAUCGCAACUGCCUCAGCUUCAAAAUAGUCCCGUUUUAGCUGACAGUGACUUGGUCGUUGCCGAGAGAAAUGGAAACCAGUUUCAAAUGGUUGAGACAGCCAAAAUUGGGUUCGACAUGCUGAAUGCAACAGCUCGGUACAUCUUCAGCUACCGCUAUGGUUAUAAGGUUAAUGGCAACUGGUCCGGGAUGAUUGCUGAUCUUAAGGAAAAUAAAGCUGACAUAGGUCGUAUGAUGCUGUUUGUAUUGUUCACGGCCCUAAUGGCGUUAUAUGCGGCAUAUUCAGCAAAUAUAGUGGUUUUGCUCCAAGCGCCGUCGGAUUCCAUUCGUAAUUUGCCACAACUCGCCGCCGCCAAGAUUACUCUUGCUGCCAACGAUGUUGAUUAUAAUCACUUUGUUUUUCACCAAAAUAAUGGCACUCUCGGAACUUCGAUUCGUGAAACAGUAUUUCCAGAAAAUGGAAAACCAAAGCUGUAUAAUUUGGCUGAAGGAGUUGAGAGAAUAAGGAAAGGUCUCUUCGCAUUCCAUUCGGUAGCAGAACCAGUAUACCGUCAGAUUGAAGCUACUUUUCUAGAGAGUGAGAAGUGUGAUAUAUCCAUAGUUGACUUUCUUGUUACUUUCGAUUCCUUCGCUCCUGUCAGGAAAGGAUCUCCAUAUUUGGAACUGAUCAGAGUUGUGAAUAAACAGAUCCGCGAAUCUGGGAUCCAAUCUGCAAUUCGCCUCCGUUACCUGGUCACAAAGCCCCACUGCACCACUAAGAUGUCUUCAUUCAGCAGUGUCGGCCUUAUGGACAUGGGACCAAUACUCAUACUGAUGCUGUAUGGAGUCGCUGUUUCUGUUGCCAUAGGCAUUGGCGAGAUCAUCAUAUACAACUUGUUAACUGAAAAGACACAAGAAAAUUUCAAGGAAGCAGAUAAACACCAUGUACUAAACAAACUCGUCAAAGAAAUGUCGCAUAUAGGGGUGAGAACUUCAGCAUCUUUUGCUCCUAAACCAAAGCACCAAGAUCAUCAGAUUCUGUACCUCACGGAUGUCAGCUGUCCCGCGUCGAGUACAGUGCUAUCUUAUGCAUCAUCAAAGGAGCUUUUCCAAUUCACCUAUCGCUGGCUGAUCUUGACUUCUACGAAGGAACAAUCGCAAAUGUCCCAGCUACAAAAUAGUCCAGUGUUAGCUGACAGCGACUUGGUCGUCGCCGAGAGAAAUGGAAACCAGUUUCAAAUGAUUGAGAUGCACAGACCUGGAGGAAACGCCUCAAUGAUGAUAAGUCUUCGAGGGUAUUAUAAUGGCAGCCUGGUGGACGUGAGGCCUCAUCGGGAGUUAUUUCGGCGGCGACGAAAUCUGAUGGGACACACUGUGACCAUGUCUAACAUUAUUCAAGACAGCAAUACCACACGAGAACAUUUGCCAGAGGAAGAUCGUUUGGAACUCCAAUACGACUCGAUGACAAAAGCGUGUUGGUCGGCAGCUAAACUGGGGUUCGACAUGCUGAAUGCAACAACUCGAUACAUCUUCAGCUACCGCUACGGUUAUAAGGUUAAUGGCAAAUGGUCUGGGAUGAUUGCUGAUCUUAAGGAAAAUAAAGCUGACAUAGGCACUAACUGCUUAAUUUUCCGCGACCGUUUCGACGUGGUCACGUACACCGAUUCAGUAGCCUCAAUGAGGAUGCUGUUCAUCUUCCGUCAGCCGCCACUUGCGUAUGUCUCAAAUGUUUUCUACCUGCCAUUCUCCACUCGGGUGUGGGUGACCAUUGCCGUGUGCACUGUAAUAUCUACUAUCACAAUAUUUUUGGCCACUAAAUGGGAACAUCUUAUUACGACGAAAUAUACCCAACAACAAUUGGACGGCAGUAUUGGCGAUGUAUUGCUACUUACAAUGAGUGCACUUACUCAACAAGGCUGUUACAUCGAACCUACGAGAGCUCCAGGUGUAUAUUUCGAUGGUCGUAUGAUGCUGUUCGUUUUGUUCACGGCCCUAAUGGCGUUAUAUGCGGCAUAUUCAGCAAAUAUAGUUGUCUUGCUACAGGCACCAUCGAAUUCCAUUCGUAAUUUGCCACAACUCGCCGCCGCCAAAAUCACUCUUGCUGGAAACAAUGUUGACUACAAUCACUUUGUUUUUCACCAAAAUAAUGACACACUCGGAAUUUCUAUUCGUGAAAGAGUAUUUCCAGAAAAUGGCAAACCAAAGCUGUACAAUUUGGCUGAAGGAGUUGAGAGAAUAAGGAAGGGUCUCUUCGCAUUCCACUCGUUAGCAGAACCAGUAUACCGUCAAAUUGAAGCUACUUUUCUGGAGAGUGAGAAGUGUGAUAUAUCCGUCGUCGAUUUCCUCGUCACUUUCGAAUUCUUCGUUCCUGUAAGAAAAGGAUCUCCAUAUUUGGAUCUGAUCAGAGUUGUGAAUAAGCAGAUCCGCGAAUCCGGAAUCCAAUCAGCAAUCCGCCUUCGUUACCUGGUCACAAAGCCCCGCUGCACCACUAAGAUGUCUUCGUUCAGCAGCGUAGGCCUUAUGGACAUGAGACCAGCCCUCAUACUGAUGCUGUACGGAGUCGCUGUUUCUGUUGCCAUCGGCAUUGGAGAGAUCAUCACAUAUAACUUACUGAACAGACACAAGAAAACUUCUUCGAAGAAGCAGAUAAACACAAUUCGUUUCAAAUAA